CUGAGAGUCACACCUCUUCCUGAGAGCAUCUGUGUCCAGCACAAACUCUUUCUGCAUCUUUACUUGUUGACUGAAGUUUUGGAGGAUUUUAAGCAGGAGAGAUUGUGUCCGAUUUACUUUCGCUUUGAACAAAGAACAGUCAGAAUGGUGAAGUGCUGCGGGCUCGUGUCAGAGACAAAUAUUCCAGGCGGUCCUUGCGGAGCUCCAGUGCAUCAUUGGUCGAGAGCUCAAUAGUAUUAUCGGCAGCAGAUGGACGUCCCACCGCAGCACCCGCUGACUCGCACAGAUUUAAAUGUUUUGCAGAGAGUUUAACAAUCCAGGAUGUGCUUCGACAUUCAUCCCGGCCUACAGCUCUCCUAAAACAUCAAUCAUUCCUCUGAAAAACAUCGCAGUGGAUCUGCAGGUCCAGGAUCAUAUAGUUUCAGUCUCCUCCAGUCUGCAGUAUGUGAAUGAAGAACAUUCUCCUCUGGAAGCCGUGUUUGUGUUCCCUCUGCCCGCUGAUGCUGCUGUCUGCCACUUCAGUGCCAAGAUCGGAGAGCAAGAGAUUGUGGCUGAGGUGCAAGACAGACAGAGCGCGAAGGAUCAGUAUGAUGAUGCUGUGAGUUCAGGCCAGCAGGCGUUUCUUUUGGAAGAGAGUGAAGAGAGUUCUGAUGUUUUCAGACUGAGUGUCGGGUGUUUGUCACCGGGUCAGAAGGCCACCAUCACCAUCAUCUAUGUGAUGGAGCUCGCUGUGCAGGCUGACCACGCCCUGCGCUUCUGUCUGCCCGCUGUACUCAACCCACGAUACACACCAGCAGGUUCGGGUGGUGGAAUCGUUUCUGAGGUUUCAUCAGUAUCUGCCGUUCCGUACUCUCUCUCUCUCAGUGUCCAUGUGAGAUCUUCAAACCCAGUUUCCAAACUCGAGUCCAACUGCCGUCUGGAUCCUGUAGAGUUCCUGAACUCUGAUCACACUCAUGCAACGGUGAGUCUCAGUCCUGGUCACAUGUUUGAUAAAGAUGUUGAGGUGUUUGUGUACUACGAGAAUACCCAUCAGCCCACUGCAGUCGUGGAGGCAGGAGUGGCCACUGCACCACCGGGUUCUUUGAUGGCCGAUCCAGUGCUCAUGAUCAGUUUGUACCCAGAGUUCCCUGAGGAAGUGAUGUCAUCAUUGGUAUCUCAAGGCGAGUUUGUUUUUGUGAUUGACAGGUCAGGCAGUAUGGACUGCAUGAUGCAUCAUGGGGAAGGGGCACAUAUGCGCAUACAAAGUGCAAAGGACACACUGCUGUUACUGUUGAAGAGUCUGCCCAUGGGAUGCUACUUCAAUAUCUACGGAUUUGGCUCUCACUUUGAGUCCUUUUUCCCGCAGAGUGUCGUGUACAGUCAGGACACGAUGGAAGAGGCUGUGAAGAGGGUUCAGGAAAUUAGAGCAAACAUGGGUGGCACAGAGAUUUUAGAGCCUCUGAAACACAUCUACAGUCAGCCGUGUUUCCCCGAUCACCCCAGACAGUUGUUCAUCUUCACUGAUGGAGAAGUGUGCAACACUAAACAGGUGCUGGACCUGGUGAAGAGUAACGUCUUCUCUCACAGGUGUUUCUCAUUCGGGAUCGGUGAGGGUGCUAGUAGCGCCCUCAUCUCAGGAAUGGCCAGAGAAGGUUCUGGUCACGCUCAGUUCAUCACAGGCGCUGACCGUAUGCAACCCAAAGUGAUGCAGUCGCUCAGAUUUGCGCUGCAGCCGGCGGUCGAUAACAUCUCUGUGACCUGGACUCUUCCUGACGGCGUCACUGUCGAAACACUGUCCCCACCCAUCCGUGUGCUCUUCCGGGGUCAAAGGGCAAUCAUUUACGCACAGCUGAAAGGACAGAGUUCUGGAAGCUGUGAGGGAGCAGUGAUGAUGAAAUACAACCUGAAAAAUCAACCAGUGACUAACCAGCUAAACUUCACCCUAAAACCAACCCAAGACACAGGAUUGGCCGUCCACCGGCUGGCGGUGCGCUCUGUGAUUGGUCAUCUGGAGCAGGAGGAGCGAGUGGGAGGUGCAGAUGUGGAGGAGAUCAAGAGAAAGAUGGUGGAGCUCAGCAUUCAAGCAGGAGUGAGCUGCGUUCAUACGGCCUUCAUCGGCAUUAAUAAAAACAACAGAGAGACUGUGAAAGGACCACUGCUGCAGAGGAGAGUCCCGACACAACAUUUAUUUGGGAUGGGUGGGAUGAGGUGUACUGCUAUGAUGGUGAAGUGUGCCCCUAUGAUGAUGCCAGAAGCCCAAAUGAUGACGUACGACAUGGUAUCUGGCACGAUGUGUGGUCCUGCCGCCCCGAUGAUUGAAUGUGAUGAAAUAUCACAGCCGGAAGAGGCGGAACCCCAGCAGGACCCUUUGUUCCAGCUGAUCACUCUUCAGAAGGCUGCAGGAUUCUGGGAGCUUGGUGCCUCAUUGGCUCAUGUGAUUGGAAAGGCAGAAGAUCAGGUGACCAAUCAGAAACCAGACAAGGUGGAUGGGUCAGUUUGGGCCACAGUUCUGGCUCUGAUCUGGUUAAACGGGUUUAAAAAAGGUGAUCAGGUUGAAUGGCAGUUUAUGGCUAUGAAGGCGGUGUCAUGGAUUCACUCACAGAAAGUGGGCACUCUCUCUCAAUGUGUGUGUGCUGGGAAUCUCCUGCUGGAUUGUCAAGUGUCUGAAGACAUGCUGGGAAUCUAAAGACUCUUUCAUAUCUCUCAAAUAAUCUUUCAGUGUGUUUCAUAUCUCUCAAAUAAUCUUUCAGUGUGUUUCAUCAACAUUAACUACAGCUUUUUUGCUGAUAUAGAGAAACAGAAUUUAACUGUAAUAACUGACAGAUGUAUUUAUCUUUGUAUCAGUUAUUAUUAAAACUGUCAUGUUAUGCAUGCAUUGUUGUAUUCAGACCCUUUACUCAGUACUAAGCUGAAGCACCUUUGGCAGCGAUUACAGCCUCAAGUCUUUUUGGGUAUGAUGCGACAAGCUUUGCACACCUGGAUUUGAGGAUUUUCUGUCAUACUUCUCUGCAGAUCCUCUCAAGCUCUGUCAGGUGGACAGCCAUUUUUAGGUCUCUCAAGAGAUGUUCGUUUGGGUCCAAGUCCGGGCUCUUGUUGGGCCACUCAAGACCAUUCACAGAAUUGUCUCUAAGCCCCUUUUGCAUUGUCCUGGCUGUCUGUUUAGGGUCCUUGUCCUGCCGCAAGGUGACGUAACCAUAGGUGAGGGUAGGAAUGUAGAUCGACAGAUAAAUUGAUAGCCUUGCUUUCAGGCUGAUAUAAUGCCUGCAUAACUGCUGAUGCUGCACCGAUCUGUCUGUCAAUCUUCCGCCUCAGCAAUGGAGGCCUGGAACACGGCCCAUUCGUACUCAAUGUCCCCAUCUCCGAGACAGGGUCUUCUGCCAAGCAUUCCCAGAAAACAAUUACUAUAUGUUUGGGCUUCCCAGGUCUGCGCAGCAUCUUAGACUCUUACAAUGGAAUACAGAGACAAUCAAUUAAUUGCCAACAAAAGCCUUCAUCAACCAAUUAACAAGGACAAUUGCAUCUCUGAAGUCCAUCCUGGAUUAACUGCAGAAGUUCACAAAGACAUUGGUCAUUAAUCUUUGUGAGAAAUAUGAAAUUGUACAUGCUGUUCUGCUCUGUGUAUGUGCUUCUGGCCUUCCAUGUGUGUUCAGUUGACCCCAGAUGCGGGCUGCAGUGCGCACGUUAGUGAGUCAGUAUAUUUAGCAACUGCUGACGGUUUUCUUCUCUUCCUCUAUAUGAUGUUCCGCAUACUUAUUUCUGUGAGGUGAUUAGGUCAUACUCGUGCUCUUGAGGUGAACAAGGUCAACCAUAAGUCUGGCACAUCUGCAUAUGGACCUUUUCCUGUAUUACUCCAGAGCACCCAUUUCUCCCCCUUUGAUCCUGGUUGUCAAUUUCCUAUUGGCUGAUUCUUAGUUCCUUUGUCUUAUGAAGAAUAUAAAUAACAUGCUUGCUGUAAUAAACAUUGAGUAGA